GGUGUGGGGGGACGCCGCCGGGAUGGAACCUUCCUGGCGCCAGGUGGCCGGUGGCCGAGGCCGUGCCCGAGGACGGGCCCCGUCCUCAGGAAAUGGGGUCCCUCUCCGCGGCGCGGGAGGAGGGAGAGGCAAGGGCUCGGGGGGCGCCGGCGCCGGAGCCGGAGGAGGCGCGACCCCCGCGGCUGCAGGCGGAGGGCAUGGCCGGGCGGGAGCCGCAGCGCCGCAGACGCCCUCGGCCGGGGCCAGCGAACUACUGUCUCAAAGAAAAUUUGAGGAAAUAAAGAAGGCUAAUCAAGCUGCAGCCAAAAAACUUGUUGAAGAACACUUUAGCUCUUCAUCUGAAGAAGAAGGAGAUGAAGAUUUUGAAGGAAAACAGGGAAAAAUAGUUGCUAAUACAUUUAUAACGUACGCUACUCAGACAGAUGGAGAUACACGUGAAUUAGAGCGAACAAAACAGUAUGUAAAUGAAGCUUUUCAAACAGGGGCUAUGACAUGCUUAAUUUGUAUUGCUUCAGUGAAGAGAAACCAAGCAGUUUGGAGCUGUUCGGGAUGUUUCUGUAUAUUUCACAUGCCUUGUAUCCAGAAGUGGGCUAAAGACAGCCAGUUUCUUGUAUCUUCUUUAACGGACGAUGAUUUUGGAAAGAGAGAUUAUCCUUGGCCUUGUCCAAAAUGUAGGUUUGAAUACAAAAGAUCAGAAACACCUAGUAGAUACUAUUGCUAUUGUGGAAAAGUAGAAGAUCCACCUUUAGAUCCAUGGCUUGUACCUCAUUCAUGUGGCCAAGUAUGUGAGAGAGAAUUUAAGCCUCCUUGUGGCCAUAAGUGUUUACUUCUUUGCCAUCCGGGUCCCUGCCCUCCUUGUCCAAAGAUGGUCACAACUACUUGUUACUGUAAGAAAGCAAAAGCUAUCCCUCGUAGGUGCAGUGCUAAGGAAUGGUCCUGUCAGCUGCCAUGUGGACGGAAGUUGCUUUGUGGGCAACAUAAGUGUGAAAAUCCUUGUCACGCAGGAAAUUGUCAGCCCUGUCCAAGAGUUAGUCGACAAAAAUGUGUCUGUGGCAGAAAAGUGGCUGAAAGAAGUUGUGCAAGUCCACUGUGGCACUGUGAUCAAGUAUGUGGAAAAACACUGCCAUGUGGCAAUCAUACAUGUGAACAAGUGUGCCAUGUUGGUGCUUGUGGAGAAUGUCCUCGAUCUGGGAAGAGGUUCUGUCCAUGUCAGAAAUCAAAGUUUUCUUUACCUUGUACAGAAGAUGUACCAACUUGUGGAGACAGCUGUGACAAAGUACUCGAAUGUGGAAUCCAUAGAUGUUCACAGCGUUGUCACCGAGGGCCUUGUGAAACAUGUAGACAAGAAGUGGAAAAGCAUUGUCGCUGUGGAAAACAUACAAAACGAAUGCCGUGUCAUAAAUCUUAUCUGUGUGAAACUAAGUGUGUUAAGAUGCGUGACUGUCAGAAGCAUCAGUGCAAGAGAAAGUGUUGUCCUGGAAACUGUCCACCUUGUGAUCAAAACUGUGGACGAACUUUAGGAUGUAGAAACCAUAAGUGUCCAUCUGUCUGCCACAGAGGCAGUUGCUAUCCAUGCCCAGAAACUGUAGAUGUGAAGUGCAAUUGUGGUAAUGCAAAGGUGACUGUACCCUGUGGCCGAGAACGAACGACAAGGCCGCCCAAAUGCAAAGAGCUCUGCAGUCAACCACCAACAUGUCAUCAUACAAGUCGAGAAAAACAUCGCUGUCACUUUGGCCCUUGUCCACCAUGUCACCAGCCUUGCCAAAAAGUUUUGGAGAAAUGUGGUCACUUGUGUCCUGCUUCAUGUCACGAUCAAGCAUUAAUAAAGCAAACUGGCAGGCACCAGCCUACAGGCCCUUGGGAGCAGCCUUCUGAGCCAGCAUUUAUUCAGACUACAUUACCUUGUCCUCCAUGCCAAGUUCCUAUUCCUGUGGAAUGUCUUGGGAAGCAUGAGGUGAGUCCACUACCAUGCCAUGCUGUAGGACCCUACUCUUGUAAGAGAGUUUGUGGAAGAAUCUUGGAUUGUCAGAAUCAUACAUGUAUGAGGGAAUGUCACAAAGUAACUGAAGUUGAUGGCUGCACUGUCAAAAACAAGGCUGGCCUAGAAUGUUUCCAUUGUGAGGAAGGGUGCUCUAAACCACGGCCACUGGGUUGUCCUCAUCCAUGUGUUUUGCCAUGUCACCCUGGAGAAUGUCCUCCUUGUGUUCAAAUGCUUAGAAUAAAAUGUCACUGCAAGAUCACAAGCCUGUAUGUGGAAUGCAGAAAAAUAACCAUAGCUGAUGUAAAUGAAAAGAAUCUUCUCAGUUGUUGCAAAAAUCAGUGCCCUAAAGAGCUUCCUUGUGGUCACAGAUGCAAAGAGAUGUGUCAUCCUGGUGAGUGCCCCUUUAAUUGCAACCAGAAAGUAAAACUUAGGUGCCCUUGUAAAAGAAUUAAAAAGGAAUUACAGUGCAAUAAAGUACGUGAAAAUCAGGUUUCAGUAGAAUGUGACACAAUAUGCAAGGAAAUGAAGCAGAAAGCAUCUGAGAUAAAAGAAGCAGAAACUAAAGCUGCUCUUGAAGAAGAAAAACGAAGACAACAGGCUGAACUGGAGGCUUUUGAAAACAGACUGAAGGGUCGUCGGAAGAAGAACAGGAAAAGAGAGGAAGUGGCAAUUGAGCUAUCGCUUUGGCAAAAAUAUAAAUAUUAUCUCCUUCCUGUGUGUGGAGUUGUGGUGGUAGUGCUUGCAUGGUACAUCACCUAUGAUGUGGACUAAAACUUUUUCGACCUUUUAAUAUACCUCAGAUUGAAUUGAGCUCAAUUAUUAAAUGUGGAAUAUUAGAAAACUUAUAUUGUAGACCAUCUCGUAUAUUCACAUUUAUCUGUGUAUUUUCUUCCAGCCAUUGUUAGAAGGACGGAAUAUUAAGCUUCAUCUUAAUUAGUACACUAGCAAGGGCAGUGUAACACUGAUUAAAAGCAUGACACAGUUGUACAAUAUUUCCUAAGGCUUAGCUGGUGGCAGAGUUAACAUGUUUGUUAUUCCUCAUAUUAGCUGAAUAGUUGCAUUUGAUAUUCCAAACCACAUGUUUUUGUAAAUUCAGAUAAGACUGAGCCAUAUGUGCAAUAAGAGGACUAUUUCUCUAUGUUUUCAUUUCUUACGGGGUACUUUUCUUGAUCAUGUAACUUUGUACUUUUAAAAAAAAAGUGAUUCUUUAAAAGACCUCUUAAUUUGUAACAUGAAGCUUUAUAACUAGAUUUCAGAUGUUAGUUUAUUAGUGAGAAAUUUUUAUCAGUCAGGAAAGAAAUUUCACAGGGCACAUUCCUUAGACAAUAUAGUAGUUUUCAACAAAUGCCAUGCUAGAUUCCUCACAUGUGGCUGUUUCUUGUGCAAGAAGCAUUUACCUGAAGUUGGCAUGUUUUGUAAACUUGUAUGUAUCCUUUUAAAAUAAUAACAAAAGAAAACUAAUAUUUAUGAGCAAUACAUCCUGAGCACAGGGCUUAUGAGCUUUGUAUACUUGAUUUCCAUUUCCUUUACCACAAUCUUAAACCAGUUACAGCUAGAAAUAAUCAGUUCUUAUGAAACAAACCAAUAGAGAAAUAUCAGUAAGCCAAAUCUGUUUGAAUUGUAAAUCAUUUUAGUUUUGCUAUUUAAUUUUUGUAUGAUUAAUGUUUUCAUUAAAGUUUUUCAUACCAAGUUUGUAA